CUAUCCUCCACCCUUUACGUUCUCGACCACGCCAACAACCUACUUCACAGGGACACACCCCUUCUCAAAGAUCUCACGCAGUCUGUUAGAAUAGACUGGUACUAUGGCGGAUGCCGCCCAGUGGCCGAGCCCACCAUGCACGACCAGUCUGGGCCGUGGUCGUCUACUCCUAAUAGUAGCUCCAUCAUGACGAGCGUGUUCUUAAGCCUGUCGAGCAUUACGCCGCUUGAUGAGUCUACAGCCCAACAAGAUCCAGCGAGACAAAGGUUCUUAGGACCAGAAAUCUAUCAGCCGCCCAGCGCCUUGAACAGACUUUCCCCUUCGGAUGCCGAACAUGCGCGCAAUGUCUUUCUGACGCUCCAAGUGCUUUUCCCGCACGAGCUGCUGCCGGCGCUGGAUAUACUUGACCGCGGCCUCGUGACCAGGCUUACACUACGCCCCGAGAGUGCCGAAGAAGUCGAGCACCCUUUACCAAAGGAAAGCCCAGAUGUUGGAGGUCCGUGGGAGGUGUACUAUGUUCAAUCGUCGUCGGCCGUAACCUCGUCGAAUUCAGGCCGGCGCGGCCGCGGAGGCUCAUCAAUCUCGAGAUCUUCUUACUAUUCUUCUCGCCGACGUGAUGCGACCUCCACGUUCUACGAGGUCCGGCUGGACAGCUGGAACUGCAGUUGUCCGGCCUUCAGUGUCUCGGCGUUUCAGGGACUCAAUGUGGGUGGUCAUGACUCGGACCAGUUUGAGGAACAACCACAAGCCGACAUCGAUACUACCGACCAAACCCACGACUGGAUGUUCGGCGGCCUGGCGACCAAUCCCUCCUCUCGUUCAGCGCCUUCUUGCAAACACAUCCUGGCUGCGGUGCUGGCAAAGGCCGCCCCUAAGCUCUUUAGUUCCGCCGUCACGUCCCGGGAAGUCAGCAAGGAGGAACUCGCUGCAUGGGGCGCAGGUUGGGGCGAGUUCGGCGCACGAUAAGAGCUCCUGGGUUAACGGGUGGCUACAGCACAGUACAUGUCAUCAUGUCCGCGUGCAGCCUUUGCCUACUAGUAGAAAGAGGACCAGACUCGAGAACUUGAAGGACGAACGUUUUGCAGGAAUCUUAUCCCCCGCUGGACCCCGUUAUCUUGUGGCAGGACUGGCAGGUUCCAUUGGAAUCCUACAUAGCAAGAAUAGGACAAAAUUCCUAAAGAGCUUCCAAUGAGCCGUUAGCGAGUAAGACGAGUGCACUCGGUAUGGGGGUAAAUGAGCAACGGCCACGAGAGAUAUAGUCUGGCCACGGAAACUUCUUUCAUCCAGUGACAGACAGAAGCCGCAUCCAAAUUCUAUGACCACUUCAUGUGACCUCGAUGCCAUAUUGUACAUUGAACCAGCCUGCUGAUGUGACACGAUGAUGUAUGUACUUCC